UCUGUUCAUAUUGGUCAGGAGCACACGGGAACACCUCCCCUUGCUCUGAAGCCAGACCCAGUGUCCUGUACCUGAACACAUCUAAGUCUACAUUGGACUACCCCUUCCAUCUCUGAGCCAGUUCUCUCUAUAUUUAAAAUGUGGAGCAGAGUGGCACUGCAUCCGCUGCAGCGGCUCUCAGUCUCUCAUCUGAAUUUAAGUCCAACAAAAACUUUGCAGAAAAAGAUGUCAACCCUUCAACGAGUGUAUGUGACGCGACAAAUACCACCUGAUGGCCUCAAGAUACUGCGAGAAUCUGGACAAGUUCAGUUUGAGCUGUGGAACUCUGAUGACGUUCCAGUCCCCCGGAAUGAGUUACUCCAGAAGGUCAAAGGUGUUGAUGGUUUGCUCUGUGUGCUCACAGAGAAGAUAGAUGCAGAACUUUUAGAUGCUGCUGGCCCAAACCUGAAGGUCCUCAGUACGAUGUCCGUGGGGUUUGAUCAUCUUAACUUGGAGGAACUUAAAAAGAGAGGAAUUCGAGUGGGGUAUACGCCUGAAGUUUUGACCGAUGCUGUAGCUGAGUUAACUGUUGCAUUGUUGCUGGCAACAUCCAGAAGGCUGAUAGAAGCGGCACAUGAAGCUAAAACAGGUGGCUGGGGCACAUGGAGGACACUGUGGUUAUGUGGAUAUGAACUGGCCAAUAGUACAGUGGGCAUAUUUGGUCUGGGAAGAAUCGGUGUGGCUAUUGCUGAGCGCCUAGCCCCAUUCAAAGUAAAAAGAUUCAUCUACACAGAUGUUGCCCCCAGGCCUGAUCUUGCAAGUCAAAUCAAUGCAGAAUUUGUCUCUAUGGAUGAACUGGCAAAACAAUCAGAUUUUCUUGCUGUGUGUUGUGCUUUGACGCCGGAGACGAAGGAGAUCUGUAACAAGGACCUCUUUUCUAAAAUGAAGAAAACAUCCAUCUUUAUUAACACUAGCAGAGGUGGUGUGGUGAACCAGGAAGAUCUUUACGAGGCUCUCUGUAGUGGGCAGAUUGCAGCAGCUGGCCUCGAUGUUACAGUGCCAGAGCCGUUGCCAACUAGUCACCCACUGUUUACACUAAAGAACUGUGUGAUUCUUCCUCACAUUGCCAGUGCCUCCUACACUACGCGUAAUGCCAUGUCAUCUCUGGCUGCAAACAACCUGCUUCUGGGUUUACGCGGUGAACCAAUGAUCAAAGAGCUCCAUCUUUAAAAAAAAAAAAGCAGAUGACAUAACAUAGCUCUUUAUCAAGAGUUGACUACAUAUGGACAAAAUGUUUUUUUAUUUUGUAAAGUAUAUCCUGCUGCCAAAUGGAACAAUAUACAAGAAAUAAAUGUGUGUGUUUUUUUUUUCAUUCAAGCCCCUAGGGUUGCCUUCACUUUUUCCAUGACUCUCACAGCUAAGGUGUGGAAGUGAAGAGAUUACCCAUGUUACCAAAAAGUGAAGGGGUUACGGCUUCAAACUUAUAAAGAGAAUUGCAACAAAAAAUAGUAAAAAUUAAAUUCAAUGUGUAAUUAUAAUGUGUAAUAUGAUUUAAAAUAAUCUAUUUCACAUGUUAACAAGUUGUG